GAUACUAGCUACUUACUUAGCUACUAGCUAUGGUAGCUACAUAUCUCUUAGGGUAGCAGUGGAUCGUAGUAGUGGCAGUAUCGUCGUCACAGAUAACCCAACUGACCCCUCUCCCCGAUGCAGUCGGCUGAUGACUUGCAUAACGAUUUCCUUGCCUGUGAGGCCUUGGCUGCCUUGGCAUGCCACCACUACCACCACUACACCCGUUGUUCAGUUAUCGUGCAGCCUGAUUUUCCCGACCUUGGCUACUUACUUGAUUGCUUGGUUGGUCUGGCUGGUUACUUACCUUACUGGUACUUACUACCCACGGACGAUAAAGUUGUUGGACAGACUUGAGCACGGACUAUGGAGAGCUGGGUUACGCUGCAUGUAUGCACUUGGGAAAGCUUGAACUGUUUAUUGUGGGCUGGUUGAGUUGACUAACUACUAUAUUUUGGUUGGUUCUGUUUACUGUUUAGUGUCUUGGUUGGUUGGUUCUCUCUGUGGAGUCCGGAGAGGGGCAUAUCUGGGUUUAGGUGGGGGGUGUCGGCUGUCGGUUCGGUUGAUGAGGGAGGGGGGGUUGUCUAUCUGUCUGUUUGUCCGUCUGCCUCUCUGUCUGUUAUUGAGUUCGUCUCCGUAUUUAGAUCACCCGAGUUUGUGCAAAAAA